CUUUAAAAAGUCUGAUCUCAGAGCUCUCCCCGACUCCUAGAAUUGCCUCAACGCUGACAAGGUUUCAACACGAUGCAUUUUGCAGUGCUGCUCGCGCUGUUCAGCGUCGCCGCUGCCGAGGUAGCGGGACCAUGUGACGAGGCUGACUGCGCGCUGCCGACCUGUGCGUGUUCCUCCACAGCCACGCCCGGCGGUCUCGCCGUCGCCAGCAUACCGCACUUCGUCGUCUUCUCCUUCGAUGAUGGCGUCACUGUCACCAACAUCCCCUUCUACCGGGAGCUGCAGAAGAGAACGAACCCUAACGGGUGUGGCAUCGAGAUGACGUUCUUCGUGAGCCACGAGAACAGCGACUAUACUCUCGUCAACGAGCUCUACAGGAACGGCCAUGAGAUCGCCGUUCACUCAGUCACGCACAAGUCUGACGUCGGGGAAUACUGGCGUAAACUCAACCAGUCGCAAUGGCUGGCAGAGAUAGAACAACAGAGGGAAAUGUUGAAUACUUACGGCAAAAUUCCCGUGGAGAAAAUAAAGGGUUUCCGAGCCCCGUUCCUCGAGGUAGGCGGAGACUCGAUGUUCGGCGCCCUGAAGGAGGCAGGCUUCGACUACGACUGUUCGUGGCCAUCUUUGCAGUACACUCCAUGGUUCCGGCAGCCUGACGGCAGCUACAAGGGCGCUCUUUGGCCUUACACUCUCGACUACGCCAGCAUCCAGGACCAAACUGUUGGCGUAAAACCAACCGAGUCCUUCCCGGGGUUGUGGGUCUCUCCUAUGACAGACCUACAGGACAACAGAGGCUUCGAGUGCUCCAUGCUCGAUGCCUGCCAGAGCUCACCGGAAGGCGAGCUCGAGACGAGCUCGGAAGCGGUGUUCGAUCUGUUGAAGCGCAACUUCCGCAGCCACUACAACACCAGAACGCCCUUCGGUAUCUACACCCAUCACUCAUGGUUCUACAAUGAGACUCGCAAGGAUGGACUGAGGCAGUUCUUGGAUUACCUGAAAGCGUUCCCUCACGUCUACGUCGUGUCGGUGCGUCAACUUCUCGACUGGGUGCGCUCGCCUGUCCCGCUGAGCCAACUUGGUACGAUGAGUUCCUUCCAGUGUGGCCAAACCUUAGCCGACAACUGCCCCGAUAAGAAAAACUGCCAGUACAAUGCUCCCUUGCCUAUCUCAAACUCAGAGAUCUACAUGAAAAUUUGUAACAGCAACUGCCCGCCUAACUACCCGUACCUCGAUAACGUGGAUGGAAGCAAGCCAUACUCGUAAUAUGCGAACGGAAACUUCAACUUGGCCUCAAAUUAUGAAAUUCAUCUCGACUGGAUAACUUUCCUU